AUGGAAUUGCACGUGUGUCACGUCACGGACAAGCCGGAGGCGCAUGAGCCGCAAUCGUCCAGCUGCCCGCGUGAGGAGGAGAGCAACGCCGACCGCACGGCAUCGAAGUCGGAGGUGCUUUCGCACAGCUCCCCCAGCAGCUGUGUUUCAGACCGCGAUCCUAAGGGCACGGGGGGAGAAAAUGCCCCCGUGAGCGGCAGUGGCACUCCGGAAGAGACGUCUGUGCCUGCUUCACAGCCUGCAGUAGCGACCACUGGCGCCAUGGCGGCACUCAUGAGCCUUUCACAACAGUCGCUGUCUGAAAAGGGGAAGGUGCACCCGGACUACGCGGAAGCCGAGGAGGCCCACGGCGAGGCGGCAGAGGGAGUCGUCUACCAACGUGCAGGGAAGCGUCCCUCCUCCAAGCACGGUGGCACCGUCGCAUCAGAGAACCGCUUAACCGGCGCUUCCGCUUCAUCGGCGCAGGAUUCGGUUGGCGAAGCGGGGUCUUCCGGUGCGCCGGUAGCACCGCACCGCUUCUCGGGCGGGACGCAGGUGCCGGCAGUGUCGCACAACGGUGCAGCGACUGCGCGGCAGAAGGCGUGGGAGGCGAAAGACAGAUCCUGUAGGUCACUCCAUCUAACCUCCGACGACUACGUCAGGGCCUACGCGCUCAGCGUGGCCUCUUCUUCCUCGUUGCCGCGCCAGACGCCAGCCCACGUCGUGGUGCACUGCCACAUACCCGAUCGGUCGCCGGAGACGAAGCGGAACGCGUCACGGGUAAGCACGACGGGAGCGGCGCAGCACGAGGUGCUACCGCCCAUCGAUGUCGGUUCCAAGGGCAAGUCCCGCCUGCGUAGUAGCAGCUCCAGCGCAAAACCGUGCACCGCACCCAAGAAGGUGUCAAAAACCGCCUCCACGUCUCGUUCGAUGCCAGCUGUCAGUCAUGCGUCAAACGCGUUGAGCGUGGCGGGGUCUGCGACGGCAAGGGCCGUUGUGCCGACCGAGGCAUCGUACCUGACGCAGUACUCAACAGCUGGGGGCGCCAUGAAGGGCCUGGUCGACCACGUGGAUCGCAACUCGUUCGGGUUCCACCUGCGGAAUAUGUUUCAGCGGAUCGACUUCGCAGACGUUCAACGUGAAGUUCAGCGUGGUGAGAAAGAGAGCGCUGCCUUGCAGAUGUGUCGACGUCUCUUCUGUGCCAUCGCCAAGAACAAAGACUCUGUGAGCGUGGAGGAUUUGCACGAGUUACUGUUGAUGUUCACGCCGUGCGGCGUGUCGCUUCGAGAGGGGGCGGAUUUCUUGUGGGAGGACUGCGGAGGCAAGUUGUCCUUGACUUUCCGAGACUUCCUGCAGUACGGGGCGGCGCUGCGCGCACGUCUGCGGGACUACGAACUCUUUGAACAGCUGUCGGACCAGCAGAAGCUGAUCGUCAUGCACGCACGCAUCCUGCCGGGUGAGCCUCCGGAUGACGCCAACACAGCGCGGGUGAACCUGCUGCGGGUGGCCGAUCAGCAGAUGCAGGGCCAACUGCCGCAGCACACCCGUUCGCUGCGCUUGUACGAGGAGCUCUUCCUUGUCGACUACCAUGAGCGACUUCACGACGCCGCGCUGAUUCCGGCGAGCGAGGUUCCACCACAGGGGCUGAAGAGCGACUACGCGCAUGAGUAUGGACGUGAGCAGCAAGCUAGACCGUUUCCCGUGCUUCCCCAGCUGUCGGUGCCCGUCUUAAAGGAGGACAUGGAGUGGCGACACACAGAGGUUGCGUACUCCACCGAUAGCGACGCGAUCGACGCGGCCAUGCAUGCUGCAGCGGCUGAGAAGCGUGCUGCGGCAGCGCACAACGAGAGCGAGUACCCGACUCUGUCGCGAAGCACCCACCUCGUGGGCGCAACCAAGGCUCCAGGCAAGGCAGGCAGUCGCACGGUGGGCCAGCGAAAGCACCUGCAGCGCAGACACAGGGCCGCCGUGGCCUCAAGCAUGGGCGCCGGAACGACGUACAGCGACAGAAGCCGUCGAGCCGGGUUGGGCUCAGAGAGAUUCGUGGUCGAUCUGCAGCGACAGCCGCCCCCGCCGCAGCAAAAGAAGAUGGGCCGCUUUGUGGAGGAGGAGUACUGGGAGCGGCGCAUCAUGGAUGACCACCUCAUCACACAGCUGCAGUCGAUGUACAAGACGCAGUAG